AUGCCCACACCAUCAGAGGACCUAAGGCAAGCAAACAUCUGUCCAGAUGUGAAUGCUCAGCAAGCAGCAACCGCAGAUGUAAACACCUCUCAGAAACAAAUGUUCUCACGCUCCCUGCCCUGCAACUUCUUGGUGAUUUUCCAACACACUGUAGCCAGGAUGUCUUGGGUCCUGUUCUCUGUUCUUUGGCUCAUCGUUCAAACUCAAGCCAAAACUGUAAAUCAAGGCCCUGAGCUCAAACUCCAGGAGAUAGUGCACCCUAGAAAACUACCCUUUGCCUAUCAAAGCGAGAUUGAGAAGGAAAAGAAUGAUGAAGAGGGAAGAUGUGCGCCUCAUGUUCGGUAUCAAAUUACCUUAAGUGGAGAAAAAAUUAUCCUUCACCUUCAAAACCCCAAGUUCCUCUUGGGGUCAGACGGCGCUGAAACAAAGCACUCAUCAGGAGCAGAGAACGUUACCAGGAACCCUCAGAACAGGAGGCACUGUCACUAUGAAGGUCACAUCCUAAAUGAACAGAACUCUGCGGCCAGCAUCAGUACCGGCGAUGGGCUGAGAGGAGACUUUACCUUCCAUGAUCAAAAGCUCGUGAUAAGGCCUCUGGGAAGUACAGACCAGGGAGAGCAUGCUGUCUUUGCUUACAACCAGGAGGAGCUGGAUACCGUGAAUGUUAAUCCUACCUGUGGUGUGAAUGGUAUGGGCAGGAAACAAAGGCAUAUUCGACCUUCCAGGUCGCUGAGAGUCUUAAAGCAAGAAGAGUUUCUUCAGACGCAGAAAUACGUUAAUCUCUUCUUGGUGCUGGAUAAUGCCUUUUAUAAGACAUAUCACGGUAACCUGACUCUGAUGAAAACCGUUCUGUUUGACGUGCUCAGCCUCCUGAAUGUGAUUUACAAUACUAUAGACGUUCAAGUAGCCCUGGUAGGGAUGGAAAUCUGGUCUGACGGUGACAAGAUAAAGGUGGAACCUACCAUAGGUACCACAUUUAACAACUUCCUGAGAUGGCACCGAUCUUCCAUAGGGAAAAUGAGGAUCCACAACCACGCUCAGCUCCUCAGUGGGAUUGGCUUCAGGCACGGGCGCGUAGGCAUGGUGGCCUCCAGUUCCCUGUGUUCUCUGUCUUCGGUGGCUGUUAUCGAGGCUAAGAGGAAGAACAAUGUGACGCUGGCAGCAGUGAUGUCCCAUGAAUUAGGCCAUGCCCUGGGCAUGCCUGACAUUCCGUACUUCACCAAGUGUCCCUCUGGCAGUUGUGCCAUGAAUCAGUAUCUGAGCUCAAAAUUCCCAAAGGAUUUCAGUACUUCCUGCCGGGAACAUUUUCAAAGAUACCUUUUAUCUCACAAACCAAAGUGCCUGCUACAAGCACCUAGUCCAAAAAGUGUAAUGACACCUCCAGUGUGUGGAAACCACAUUCUAGAAGUGGGAGAAGACUGUGACUGUGGCUCCCCUGAGGGAUGUACCAAUGGCUGCUGUGAGCCUCUGACCUGCCGACGAAAACCAGGACCUGGCUGUGAUCAGACACACCCUUACCUGACUCUGUGA